AUGACGAUCGGCAUGCGGGACUACACGAGCCGGCCGGCGAACUUCACCUGCCUGGCGGACUGCCGCGAGGCGGUCGCACGGGAUCGCGGGGUGGGGCCCGAGACCCUCGAGCUCUCAAUGGGAAUGAGCGGGGACUACCAGCGCGCGAUCGAGAUGGGCGCCACCAUCGUGCGCGUCGGAUCGGUGAUUUUCGGUCAACGAGUCACCAAAAACCCACCACAGACUGACUAG